UCAUUUAUUUGUGAUCCAGUACUUGAAUUUACCAUGAGUUUCUAUGGUAGUUAAUCCGUGUAAAUGGCUUUACUGACCAUUUAAUUUAUGUAGUUAAAAAUCGUAAUAUGGAGUUGCAGUUGCUUGCGUACAAAAAUGACAAAGCUAAAGAGCUUGGAACGCACAGGGUUAAAAUAUGGCAGAUGUUCUUCAAUUAUGAUUUAGGAAAUUUGACCUAAUUAAACCCCUAUUUUUGAUAUCUUCCUGUAGACGUACGUGUACAACAAAUGAAAUAUUGCAUACGAAAGCUAUAAGUAGAAACAAAAAGUUUUUAACAGGAGCAAAAGGAUGUUAUUGUUUUGGAAACGUGAUAGAAUUGUCGUCAAUGAAAUGUGUAAUGAGCGGUAGAAAUUGGGUUUUUGUUUGCAUGCAUGAUUUAUCUAGAAAUUUUUCAAGCUGUGACUUUUGUUGCCCGCAUAACUGCUUCACGUUUCUUUCAAAAUACAUAUGUAAUAUUCUCUCGUGGCAGCUCUCUAUAAAAAGAGGCCAAAAGCUGUCUUCAAUCAUCAUUCAUCAUCCUGCUGUUGGAACCAGAAGAAAACAAGAAAAAAGUUAAGUAUGAAAAUAACCUAUCUUGUCAUUGCUCUUGGAUUGCUUUGCACUUUUGCUUACGCUCAAGCGAAACAUGAAGAUGGGGUUAUGAAAGAAUACGAUGAAAAAACCGCCCCAGUGGAAACUGUCAAGGAAGAAUUUGUAGAAAAUGAUGAUGAAAAUCCAGAAGAAGAAAGUAAUGAUGAAACUGACCCCGAACAUGACUUAGAACAAAGUGAUGAUCGUGAACUCACAGAGAACAAUAGUGAUGUGAAAGCUGAUCCAAGUGUAGAAAAACGCUCGACUCUCUUUCGUUGUCGUCGUAUUUGGCGUCGUCGUAUUUGGCGUCCUCGUCGUCGUAUUUGGCGUCCACGUCGUCGUAUUUGGCGUCGCCGUCAUCGUCGUUGGGGCAUCGCUGUGUAGAAAAACGCUCGCAUUUUUGGCGGCGUCGCCAUUAUUAUUAUAGACUUCGUCAUAUUAUUUGGCAUCGUCGUCGUAGUUUGACUCGCCGUCGUCAUGUUUGGGGCUAAUAUGGCAAAAACCCGUAAGGAUCCUGUGGAAUGUGUAGCAAUUAAUAAGAAACAUUCAUUUGCUUCUAGACGUACUUUAAAUUGGCAUUGUUGUAUGAUUUGUCUGUAGAAAAUAGAUGUUUGCAUUGAUUAUUGA